CGCGGGCUGAGGGGCACGGGGAGACGGGGAGGGCUCCAUCGGUGUCCCCGGCCAGGGACGAGCCGCCCGCUGACUCCUGAUCCACCCCGUGCUGUGCCGGGAGAGCCCUCCGGCUGUGUCCUGGUGCUGCCGGUGCCGGCUCAUCGCAGGUAGCUCUGCGAUUGCAGCUGCGGGGAGUUGCGUUCACCAUGAGUGCACUCCAGGAAACACCUGCACUUGAAGCUCCUCAUUCAGAAGAUGUUGAUGCUCAGCUGGCCUUUCUACCUGAAAGACUGAGAAAGAAGCUGCUUCCUUUUCAGGAAAAAGGCAUCAUAUUUGCACUCCAGAGAAGUGGCAGGUGUAUGAUUGCUGAUGAGAUGGGGCUGGGUAAAACCAUUCAAGCAAUUGCCAUUUCAUAUUACUACAAGAAUGAGUGGCCUCUCCUGAUUGUGGUGCCUUCCUCUCUGAGGUACCCCUGGGUGGAAGAGAUGGAGAAGUGGAUUCCAGAGCUCUCUCCAGACGACAUCACCAUCAUCCAGAACAAAACUGAUGUGGGGGGAAUAUCCACCAGCAAAGUAACGAUCCUGGGCUAUGGCCUGUUAACUUCUGAUGCACAGACUCUGACAGACACUCUGUACAGGCAGAACUUCAGGGUGGUUGUGGUCGAUGAGUCCCACUACAUGAAAUCCAGGAACGCCACCCGCAGCCAGAUCUUACUGCCAAUCGUGCAGCAGGCUCAGAGAGCUGUUCUUCUUACUGGCACCCCUGCUCUGGGGAGGCCUGAAGAGCUUUUCAUGCAGAUUGAGGCCCUGUUUCCAAGAAGAUUUGGGACUUGGACUGAAUAUGCUAAAAAAUACUGCAAUGCUCGUGUCAGGUUUUUUGGGAAAAGAGCGCAGUGGGACUGUAGAGGAGCUUCCAAUUUAGAAGAACUGCAUCGACUUUUAAGUGCAAUAAUGAUCAGAAGGCUGAAGAAUGAGGUUCUGACUCAGCUGCCUCCCAAGGUCAGGCAGCGCAUCCCCUUUGACCUCCCCCAGGCUGCAGCAAAGAACCUGAGUGCCACUUUUGCAGAGUGGGAGAAACUGAUGAGAAACCUGAAUGCAGAUGCCACUGAGAGCCACUUCUCUCAGGUGAUGAGUCUGAUCACACGGAUGUACAAAGAGACAGCCAUCGCCAAGGCAGGAGCAGUGAAGGAUUACAUCAAAAUGAUGCUUGAGAAUGACAAGCUGAAGUUCCUGGUGUUUGCCCACCACCUGAGCAUGCUGCAGGCCUGCACAGAGGCUGCCAUAGAGAGCAAGGCUCGCUACAUUCGGAUAGACGGGAGUGUCCCCUCUGCAGAGAGGAUUCACCUUGUCAAUCAGUUCCAGAAGGAUCCUGACACCAGGGUUGCUAUUCUGAGUAUUCAGGCAGCUGGGCAGGGUUUAACCUUCACUGCUGCCACCCACGUGGUGUUUGCUGAGCUGUACUGGGACCCAGGCCACAUCCAGCAGGCAGAGGACAGGGCACACAGGAUCGGGCAGAGCAGCUCGGUGAACAUCCACUUCCUCAUCGCCAAGGGCACCAUGGACACCCUCAUGUGGGCGAUGCUCAACCGCAAGGCCAAAGUCACAGGCAGCACCCUGAAUGGCAGGAAGGAGAAGAUGCAGGCUGAGGAAGGGGACAAGGAGAAAUGGGAUUUUUUGAGUUUUGCUGAGACCUGGACCCCAAAUGAAAGUCUGGAAGAUCCUAAAAAUGAACUUUUAUUUACACACUUUGAGAAGGAAAAGCAGCACGACAUCCGUUCCUUCUUUUCCCCAAAGUCCUCCACGGAGAAGAAACGCAAAAGACUUCCUGGCAGUGAAUUGUUACAGAAUGAUACAGAGUCUUCUGAGGCCACAAAAGAGGAGGAAGCAGAGAAGAGGGAUGAGAAGCUGGAUUCCCCACCAGGAAAUGCUGGGGAUCCCGUUUGCCCUGAGAUCACCUGUGAACGUGAAGCCAAACGAGCCAGAAGCACGAGCGGAUCCGCCCUGGGCAGCGGCAGUGACAAAAACAAAACCUCUCCGACUGGAGAAAAGCCCUCUGUGUUUUCAGAAAAAAACAGUGAACCCCCUCCUCGUGGCUUAAACACCUGCACCAACAGCACAGGUGUAGACAGAGCUUGGCACUGCAGGGUUUGCACCUACACCAACCACGAGCUGCUGCCUUCCUGUGAGAUGUGCGGCCACCCACGGAGCGGUGACGUUGAGAGAAUCUGUGAAGCUGCCACGAGCCAAACUGAGGAGGACGUGUCAGAGAGCCCCAGGAGAAAGGAGGAGAGAGCACAGGGCAGUGCUGAGGGUGGGACAGAAGCUCUGGGCCAAGUGCAGGAUGGAGACCGUGAAAAAAAGUGUGGAGAAGGGGAUGAAGAUAAAUCAGACACAUUCCAAAUAUAUGAUGGGCUCAUGUUUUGUGCAAGCAGGAACACUGACAGAAUCCACCUGUAUACAAAGGAUGGGGAGCCCCUGAAUCAUAACUUCAUUCCACUGGACAUUCAGCUGGAUAACUGGGAAGAUUUACCAGAGACCUUCCAGCAUAAAAAAAAUCGUGCUCUGAUCCUGAGGUUUGUGAAAGAAUGGACUCAGCUGACAGCAAUGAAGCAGAAGAUUGUCAGAAAAAGUGGUCAGAUAUUUUACAGUCCUGUUCAUGCUGCAGAGGAGUUGUCUAAAAAGCAGUCUGGUGGCAGCAGCACAAAAAGGUACGUGAGCAGGGAGGAUGUGGCAGCAGCCUCGCUCUCCAAAGCCGCCAGCGCCGGGGGCAGCGUCCGCCUCAUCUGCAGGGAAAGUGCUCCAGGGAAAGGGGCUGCUCCUAAGAAAGAAAAUGCUCCUGCUGAACAACCCCCAAAGUUGCUUUCAGACGCAGGAGGAGGUCCCUCAGUCCCUCACUGCCCGCAGAGUGACGGCUCCCCCCGGCCCCGAGGGUACCUGCAGGCCCUGGACAGCCAGGGGGCCCCGCUGUGCCUGAGCUGCCAGCAGCCCACGGCCCCCCUCUCGCCCGCCAGCCGCGCCUGGGACACGCGCUUCUGCUCCCACGCGUGCCAGGAGGAUUUCUCCAUCCGCUCCAGCCAGAGCUACCUCAGGGCCAAAGUGUUUGAAGUGGAGCGCGGGGUUUGCCAGUCCUGCCACCAAAACGCGCAGGAGCUUUAUCUCAGCGUCAGAGGCCCCCGGAGUCGGCGCAAGGAACUGCUGGAAAACUCGUGGAUGUCCCACCUCCCACUGGGGCAGCUGAACGAGAUGCUGCGGAGCCCGGCGGAGGGGCAGUUCUGGCAGGUGGAUCACAUCCAGCCCGUGUUCAGCGGAGGGGGACAGUGCUCCCUGGACAACCUGCAGACUCUGUGCACAGCCUGCCACAGGGAGAGAACUGCCAAGCAGGCCAAGGAGAGAAGCCAACUGAAAAGAAGGUCUUUGGCUACAAAGUAUGGCUGUGACAUCACCAAAUUUUUUGUGAAGAUGUAAAAUGCAAAAUCCCUUCAGGUAUAAUGUAACACUAAACCCAGUACAGUUCUACACUUUUCCUCAUGCACUGAUUCAACAGGAACCUCUUUAGCUCAUCAGUGCUGCUGGUAGAGAGGAGAAAAUAUGGAAUUAAAACCAAGGAAUCAUUUGUACCACUGAUGGUCAGAGGGCAUCCAAGGUAUUUGAUUAUGGUCAUAUCUUCAUGACCCUGUGGCUUAAAGCUAAAUUUCAGCAUGUAACCUCACUGCACUGAGCCUGACUUACAGGACUUUGGCAUUUAGAACUGAUGGCACUUGGAUGCUGGUUUUUUACUUAACCCAGCUUGUAUUAAAUCUUAUUCAUGAUAAGGAAUACUAAAUAUUACCAAUUAUGACAUCAAAGGUAGUUUCUGGGAAAUGCUACAGUCACAUUUUCCUUAAUAAGAUUGCUGGUUAUUUUGGACUGCUUACCUGCCUUUCUUUACAGUUACUUUAAAUAAAUACAGUUCUCUUUC